AUGGCGAGCCGAAUGUCCAUGUAUUCGAUGGCCUCUGAGGGCAUGGGUGGCCCUCAAGCUCCCCAGCAGGUGUCAACCACGACUCUCCUAAAUGCCAUCCACAACAUCUACCUUUCCUCCCAACCGUUCCAACUCGACGCCAGCACCAGUCUGGUCGUUAACACAUGGCUCACAGCGGCUCAGGCUGGUGCGACUGUUGAUGCCACGCUCGCUGCUCGAGCAUGGGAGCAUGCCAGGCGUCGUGCGGAAGAUGGCUGUGUUAUUCUCGGCUCUCUCCACCAGUCAACUCCCUCGCUUCUCGUGCCGUUCCUCAACACCUUCCCUUUUGCUAUUCCUGCGUCCAUCUACAAGUCAUUGGAGGCUGUACGACCGUUUCUUCGAUGUGUGACUCCUUACAAUGCUUCGGCCCCUCGACAGAUCGCCCUCGGCGUAACACUGACAAUGAGCUUGGGAGGAAAUGUUACAGGAGCUUCUUUGUCACUGGCCCAGGGUGGAAUUGACACCGAGAACGGCCUUCUUAACAUUCCCGCUGAGGCAGGCUACCGAGCUUUUGACGUUUUCUACUACCUACUCACAUCAGCUUCGACACCCGCCGAGAGAGAGUUCUUGGGUCUCAAGUCACCUUCAGCGUACGCUCUUCUUGCUCGCUCAGGCACCUACGAACCCCCCUCUUACCUCAUCACCGCCGAUGAUGGUGCCGCUGCCGACGACUUCCGCCAGGCUCUGAAGGAGAUUGGCAUCAAGGGAUCUGCCCACCGUAACUUCAUUUCCACAUUAGCUGGACUCCUCAAGCUUGGUAACACUCUCGACUACGACGCCGACUCCGAUGACUUCGAGGAGAUUUGUGAAGAUGUCAGCGGUCUUCUUGGCAUGGAGCCCGAGGUUCUCAUGCAGCAGAUGAGCACUGAGGAUCGACGAACACUCGUCGCUGGCUUGUACGAAGCUCUCGUUGACUGGGUUAUUUCCAAGGCCAACGCUGCCAUUGCCGCUCAAAUGCUUCGUAUCCGAGAUGGUGAUGAAUCUGUAGAUGGCCGUGGUGUCCGUACUCCUACCUCCAACGAGGACGGUGAUACUGUUUCCAUCACUGUUGUUGAAGUUCCCGAGCCUGCCCUGGGACGGGCUCUGGCUAUGCGAACCAUUUUUGACGACACGGUGGGCAUCAAUGCUGAGAUGAUUGAAGACGGCGUCGAAAUCCACCCGGCUCCAUCUUCAGUUGUACGUGAGAUGCAGCAAGCCGUUUCCGAUGUUGCACCUGAUCUGGGCAUCAUGACUGGCCCGCAAGGCCGAGACCGACAACAUGAUCUCGAGAAGCGGGAAGUCAUCCUGGAAAAGGCUGCGUACGCCUCAGAAGACGACAGCUUCCUGAAGAAGCUGUUGUUCCCUGUUGAGGGCCAAGGUAUCAACCUUGGCCGUGCUGGUCGUUUUGACCUGCCUGCUCUGUUGAGCGCCAGCCGUGCUUGGUUCCAUCUGUCUCUCCAUCCUACAGACGAUUCUCCUGCCAAUUUGGCCACCCUCCCUGCCAUCACCUCUGCGUGGUCAGCUGGCACAAUCUCUCGACAGCUUCGCUCUUGGAGACUUCCUGAGUGGGCUAACCGCCGUAACAGAAAUCUCGACUACACCGCCGACUUUGAUGUUGAUGAGUUUGUUGGUCGUUAUGGCGCACUGGGCUGCAAAGAUGGCAAGGACGGCAUCGAGACUUGGAUGCUCGAGAGAGGAUGGAGCAACGGUGAAGUCUUCAUUGGCAAGGAACGAAUCUGGGUUCGCGAAGGUCCCUGGUGGGAGGCAGAGAGCAUGCUCGAUAUCAGACCCGCCCACAGUCUUCAAAGCAUGGGUCAAAAUCCCUUUUCAUCUGGGUUUGACACAAGCUACUCAGCCAACCCUCCUAAUGGUAGCGGCUUCUUCCCUCCUCCUGCCAUGGACAACAGUAUGAAUGGCAGCAAUGACCACAUCAUGCACACCCGCAACUUCAGCCAGGGUAACAUGAGCCAAGCUACCUUCAACCAACACCCUCAGUUGAAUCCUCAAUCCGCACCUUCCAUCGCCCCAUCUGCGAUGCGCAACGGCCCUCCCCCUUCUGGUGACUAUGGUCUCGGUAACAAGGGUGAUACCUACAAGGGACAGGUGUACUACAACGAGGAUGGAGAGUUUACCGGCAUGCUCGAUGGAGAGCUUGCUAAUGGCAAGAAGAUCGAGACCAAGCCAUUGACCUUUGGCCGACGAGCCUGGGUUGCCUUUGUUUGGGCCUUGACUUUCUGGAUUCCCUCACCCCUUCUCAAGUUUAUCGGACGCAUGCGACGACCUGAUGUUCGUAUGGCUUGGCGUGAAAAGCUUGUUCUGUUCUUCUUGAUCAUCCUCAUCAACGGCCUGGUCAUCUUCUGGAUUAUCGGCUUUGGAAAGCUUCUAUGUCCCAACGCCAACAAGGCAUGGAAUGUCAAGGAGGUCGCAGGUCACGCUGAAGAUGAGGACGCUUUUUGGGUUGCUAUUCAUGGCAAGGUUUACGAUAUCACCGACUUCUGGCGACAGCAGCACAGUGACACAAAUAUUCGUGUCACCAAGCAGAACAUGCUGCCUCUCUCGGGUAUGGUCCUGGAUAACUACUUCAUGCCUCCCCUGAACAGAGCCUGCAGAGGCCUCGGUAUCAAGGAGACCACCCAGCUCACUUACAACGAGACUCUUACCAACCCUCUUGCUCAGCACAUCUCUGGCUUCUACACUCGCGAUCGCACCAGUGCUCUCAAGGACCCUGAUUGGUACUGGAAGAAGUUCCAGCCUAAGAUCAAGGAAUACUACCACGGUGAUCUCGUGUUCAAGGAGAGCACUGUCAAGAAGGAGGGUGAGGGUAGUGAGCAACACCCUUGGGUUAUGUAUGGAAACCAGAUUUACGAUCUUACGGACUACCUACACACUCUGGAUGUCAACGACAACUUCGACUCGUACAAGUUCUUGAACGAGGAUAUGGUCAACUUGUGGAAGAACAGCCCCGGUACCAACAUUAAGAAGGAUCUCGACGACAUGAUCGCAAAUGCAAAGAAUGAGACUGUGGCUGCCAACCUUAAGAACAGUUGGUCCUGCAUUCAAAACAUCGCGUACAAGGGUAUCACCGACUUCCGUGACUCUCCCAGGUGCAGAGUCAACAACUACCUCCUGUUGGCCUUCGCCAUCAUUAUCUGUAUCGUCACGGCAGUCAAGUUCCUUGCUGCCCUUCAAUUUGGUUCCAAGCGACGCCCUUCGCCUCAGGACAAGUUUGUCAUCUGCCAGGUGCCCGUCUACACUGAGGGUGAAGACUCUCUCCGAAAGGCUCUGGACUCGUUGACAGCCCUUCAGUACGACAACAAACGCAAGCUGAUCUGUGUCAUCUGUGAUGGUGUCGUCGUUGGUGAAGGUAACGAUCGCCCUACACCCAAGAUCGUUCUCGAUAUUCUCGGUGUUGAUCCCAAGGUUGAUCCUCCUGCGCUCCCCUUCAAGUCAGUUGGCGCUAGCAGCGAGCAGCUUAACUACGGCAAGGUUUACUCUGGUUUGUAUGAGUUUGAAGGCAACGUUGUUCCUUACAUUGUUGUGGUCAAGGUCGGCAAGGAGUCUGAGCAGACCAAGUCUAAGCCCGGUAACCGUGGAAAGCGUGACUCUCAGAUUCUCCUCAUGAGCUUCCUCAACCGUGUCCACCACCGCGCUCCCAUGUCUCCUCUUGAGCUUGAGAUGUUCCAUCAGGUUAACAACAUCAUCGGUGUGGAUCCUGAACUCUACGAGUAUCUUCUCAUGGUUGAUGCCGAUACUUGUGUCGAGGAAGACUCCCUAAACCGUCUUGUUGCCGCCUGUGCCCAUAACGCUAAGAUUGCUGGUAUUUGUGGUGAAACCGCCCUGGAAAACGAUGAGAAGACUUGGUGGACCAUGAUUCAAGUUUAUGAGUACUUCAUCUCUCAUCAUCUCUCCAAGGCUUUCGAAUCCCUCUUCGGUAGUGUUACUUGUUUGCCUGGAUGUUUCACAAUGUACCGACUUCGAACCGUGGACAAGGGUAAGCCUCUGAUUAUCUCUGAUGGUGUCAUCAAGGAUUACAGUGUUUGCGACGUCGACACUCUUCACAAGAAGAACCUGUUGUCUCUGGGUGAAGAUCGUUACCUCACUACCCUGAUGACCAAGUACUUCCCCGAGAUGUCCUACAAGUUUAUUGCCGAUGCCCAAUGUAAGACUGCUGCUCCUGAGUCCUGGAGUGUUUUGCUGUCUCAACGUCGACGAUGGAUUAACUCAACCAUCCACAACCUGGUUGAACUUAUGCAACUUAAGGAGCUCUGUGGUUUCUGCUGUUUUAGUAUGCGCUUUGUCGUGUUUAUCGAUCUUUGCGGUACCAUCAUUCUCCCCUCAACCUGUGUAUACAUUGGAUACCUCAUCUACAUCCUGGCUACCGGCAGUGGACCCAUUCCUUACAUUUCUCUUGCUAUGAUUGGUGCCGUUUACGGUCUUCAGGCUCUCAUCUUCAUUCUUAAGAGACAGUGGCAACACAUCGGAUGGAUGAUUAUCUACAUCCUUGCUUUCCCUAUCUACUCUUUCAUCCUGCCUCUCUACUCCUUCUGGAACCAGGACAACUUCUCAUGGGGUAACACCCGUAUCGUCAUUGGAGAGAAGGGUGACAAGCAGGUUGUCGCUGUUGAUGACGAAGGCUUUGACCCUCGCUCUAUCCCUCUGCAGCGCUGGGACGACUAUGCUAUGUCCAACAACCUUCCUGGCCGCCGCGGUGGUUACCACGAGAAGACUGAUUACUCUUACGGUGACAACUACGAGCUUGAUGAGAUCAAGUCUGUGUACUCUGCCGGACCCCAGGGCUCUGUCCUGACUGGUAUGCCCGGCCGUAACACUUACAUGCCUCCUCAGUCUCCUGCUUUCAACAACGGCCGCACAUCUACUAUGGGCUUCCAAGAUCAACAACCCUUGCAGCACCGCCAAUCCAUGAUGUCCAUGGGUACAGGCAUUCAGGACAUGCGCAGUCAGUCACCGUACCAAGACUACCCUGGCCAGCACCCUAGUGUCGCCAACCUCCGUGGUCAGGCCAACCUGUCGCCUGCUACUGGCGGUGGCCACAGCAGAUCCGGCACCGCUCUGGGCUUCAGCAGCGGCUCUCGUUCGCCUAUGCCUGACGCCAUGCGAUCUCAGUCAUCAUUUGACUUCCAGCAUGGUGGGGGUGGUCCCAACGACAUGGCCAUCGUCGAAUCAAUUCGCUCUGUUCUCUGCGAGGUUGAUCUCGACACUGUCACCAAGAAGCAAGUUCGCGCCUUGGUGGAGCAGCGCCUUCAGACUGAGCUUGUUGGCGAGCGCCGCACAUUCAUGGAUCGACAGAUCGACUAUGAGCUCGAGAACAUGUAA